AACUAUUUAACAAGGCAAAACAACAACAACUAAACCCCCAAGCCAUCACCAUCACCGCCGGCUCCAACACUCUCUCAUCAAUAACGAUUACAAAUGGCCAGGGACAGCUGCUUGGCUAGAGUCACCGCUGGCGUUGCCGUUGGAGGUGCUGUUGGCGGCGCAGUCGGUGCUGUUUAUGGGACUUAUGAAGCUAUUAGGAACAGGGUUCCUGGACUUUUGAAAGUAAGGUAUAUUGGGCAAACCACAGUUGGAAGUGCUGCAAUUUUUGGUCUCUUCCUGGGUGCUGGGAGCUUGAUUCAUUGCGGAAAGUCUUACUGACUUACCAUCCAUUUUGUAACCAUAAGAUUGAUUCUCAACUAGAGAGAUUUUGUAUUUAAAGCGAAAUAUUUUUUUGGUAUCAAAUCUCAAACCAUAUAAGAUCAAGCCUCUAUUAUGUCUGUUUAUGUUUGUGGUUGGGACUUCUACCAUCCAAAACUGCAUUGCGAACUGUUAUAGGCCUCAAGGCUGGCUUUAUAUUACGAAGUACUGAUCAAUUUCAUGAAUCUGUACUUGACGUAAUACAUCAUUAAUCUCAAGUCUGCUUUCUAGACAAAUUUAAUCGCUGCUAAUUUGUUGUUAAUCGCGCUUAAAUGUUCUAAUAGUUAGCUGUGCUUCUACUCUGUUUCUAUUAAAUUAUUUUCAGUUACUACAAGCUUGUAAGUAGGAUGGCAAUGGUUACUUAUGAGUUGUAUUCUUUUUAUAUAAGUAUAGGAUUUCAUUUUAUCCAUUAUCCAUUAUCCAUUAGAGAAGGUAGAUUAAAAAUAAAUCACUUAUCGUUUUCAACCAGAUUUAGGUUAAAUUUUCAUUCCUAUGACUUUAAGAUCCACGAAAAUAUUUAUUAGAAUAUUAAGAAGAGCACCGAGACUAACAGCAUUUUUAUUUUUACCUGUCAGCUUCAUACCAAUUGCGAGGAUGAGUCGUGUGAUUUAGGCCUAGCCCACUUGAUAAUUCCUUUCGCACGUUAGCCAAGACUGCUGCGUUAUUUAUAUGGUGAUUGCUAGCAGUAACCAUCUCACAUUAAUCGUCAUAGUGCUACGCCAGUUGGCAGUUGCCAUAUUUAUAUCUCGAAAAAGUCAACUCUUUCCAUCCUUCUCUGCGAUUCCUUUCUCCAUGGGCCUGGGCUUAAUAACUUUGCUACGUGUGGCUGUGUGUUCUUCCCUUAUUCGUGGAAGAUGAUGGAAGUAAAUUACAACGUGGAGAUAUUAUUGUACAUACUGUCGUUUGUCAAAAGGGCAGGGCACGGCACCAAAGGUUCCAAGUCUUCAUGCAAUGUUGUUGAGGAUUUUGUUCUUCUUUGUUGUUGUUGAUCAUCAACUGAGAAACACCACAUUAAGUGUGGGUUGAAGAGUUGUUCUAGCAAGCUAGCUAGCUAGCUAUCAUGGCAAUGCAGCCAAGCUUGAUCAUACUGGUGGCAUGUAGGGUUUGGAGGGUUUUGAGUGAGCUGAUCUCUGUUUGCUUUAUUGUUGCUGAUGAUGUUGCUGUCUCUCUGAGCCAACAACUAAAUGUCGAUUCUGAUUGAGAUUGAGAGAAAUCUUUGUCGUCGGUGGCCAAUAGGGUUUGGAAGGUUUUUGAUUCUUGAAGAUUUGUACUUGUUGGUUGCUUGAUUAUAGGGAUUUAAAUUCUUAUUUCUGCUAAUAAUUCUGUAAUCCCAGUUUUUUUUUUAGAUAAACCCAUAGAUUGAAAAUUGUAAUGAUUUAUACCAAAAAACACGAAUAAUAGAUGAUGACACAAUUGCAACUUUGUGGAA